CGUCUUAGACGCUGAUGAGCAAAUGGGCAAAGAAAUUCUGUUGCUCUGGGUUAAUUUCGAAACUCACUGCAGGAGCUUGAAGCUUGUUUGAGAGCUCCAACCAACUCGUGUAGAUACGCCCGGAAGAGAUGGCCGGAGGAUCUAGUCUGCGCCUCCCCCUUAUGACCCUUGUAGCAUUUGUCUGCUGCACUGUGGUGAUCUCUGGUGAUGAUUGCGAAUCUUACAUGGAUUAUAAGGGUUACCACCCAGAAGAGAAAUGUUAUGCAUUUUCGUUUUGCUGUGGGGACUGUGACAGUCGUUACUGCUGCUCUAACCCUUUCAUGUCAUUUCCUGAAGAACAACAAAGACUCUGCUUUGUUAAAGGAAGUAUGGGGACAUUUAUUGCUGUAGGAGUCACUAUAUUCGUACUGUUCGUCGUUGGUAUUAUCAUUUGCUUCACCUGCUCCUGCUGUUGCCUCUACAAGGCAUGUCGAGGAUCGCCUCAACCACGACCCAUAGUGGCUGCUUCCACUACAACAGUCCAGGUUCAGUACCCUCAGCAGCCUGUAGCACCACAGGCCUAUCAGGUGGGACCAUAUCACGGUUACCAGCCGGUACCUGCCCAUGCAACACCAGUGCAUCCUGGAGUGCCCACACCACAGUACCCAGCACAGUACCCUGGAGGCUAUCCUCAACAAAUGCCAGGUCCUCCACCACCACCCUACCAGGAGGCUGUUUUAAAUACCUCUGGAUUGCCAUACCCAACUGCACCUAAUAACCCAAAUGCAGCUGUUCCACCUCCAUACAAUCCUGCCUACAUGGAGCCGCAAAAAUCUGCCUACUGAAACCACCUUUAGUUACUUCAUUCGGAACCUCUCAUUUUUGUUGAGCAUGUUCACUGCCUGCCUUUUUUAAAAUACUUGGAAAAAAAUAUUUUACAGAUGUUUGUUCUCGAAUGUUGUGAUCUGUUUUACAUCACUAAAACAUGAAAGUGGCCUUGGAAACAAAACUGGAAAAUGUCUUUCAAAGGAAAUGAAGACUUUCUACUGGAAUAACUUUGUGUUCCUAUGGAAAGACUUGCUCUGACCUCUGCAGUCGUCAAAAUUGUUUAAGUGGAAAUACUGUGGUCUCAAGGGAGCAUACAUCUCAGUUGUCAGCAUUUAGUGGUGCAAUACUGUUCGGGGGUGGAGGCACUUAUCUGGGGAUGGGCGUAAAUCUGUAUUUUUUAGUAAUUUCCAACAAGUUUUCAUAAGUGUUAUACCUUUUUUCUUUUGUGUAACAUUUUUGUUAGUUUGAGCUAAUCCAGUUGUAAAGCAAAUACAUAAACUAAAGAAAAUGUUCUGUGUUGUGCUGUGAAGCAUAAAUCAGCUUUAAAUUUACUCAAGAAAAUACAGAAAUGCAGGGUUCUGA